AUGGAAUCGAACACCAAAAAGUGUCCAGCGCGACUAACUACCGCUCGCGACCAAAUCUGUCUGGCGUCUACAUACACGGGUGGUCUCUGCUUCGGAGACGAAGGAGCACCCGCCUACAUCCUGGACAAAAGAGGCAACCCACAAUGCCUCAUUGGAAUCCUGAGUGUCAUUGAAUACUACCCGGACGAUCUGUGCACUGAUUGGGGUGUGUACACUGAUAAUGAGAGGUCAUCGAUAGUGAAUGGAUACAACUCCCCUCCGAGGCGCUUCUACGUUCAGAUUCUGAUUCGAGUCAAUCCACGAGGACUAUUCGUCUGCGGGGGCAGCAUCAUCGGCAACACUCACGUUCUCAGUGCAGCACACUGCUUCGCCAAAAAGAACAUCAGCGAACUCAGUGUUGAAGUCGGGGAUUUUUCACAGCCCCGGCAUGCACGAACAGUGAAGACGAUGAAAGCUACAGUCAAGAUUCACCCGAAAUACAGAAAACGAAGCAAGAUCGACGACAUCGCCCUUUUGUACCUAACUGAACCUGUUUCCAGAAUGGAAUCGAACACCAAAAAGUGUCCAGCGCGACUAACUACCGCUCGCGACCAAAUCUGUCUGGCGUCUACAUACACGGGUGGUCUCUGCUUCGGAGACGAAGGAGCACCCGCCUACAUCCUGGACAAAAGAGGCAACCCACAAUGCCUCAUUGGAAUCCUGAGUGUCAUUGAAUACUACCCGGACGAUCUGUGCACUGAUUGGGGUGUGUACACUGAUGUGAGGCAACACCGAUCUUGGAUCGAGUAA